ACGGGAAGUUGUAUGUUCAGGCAAACGAUUUGCUUCCAAGCUAAUCAUCAGCUGAAAUUUGAAAAUACAGCACAGCAACACACAACAGAUUAUCUCCCAACAAUCAUCGAACACGGUGCUGUAUGCGGGGAACACAAAAAUACUUUUUGAGCUAGCUAACGUUAGCUAGCUGCCAGGAUGUUUAAAUCUGUGACGCUAAGAUUUGUCAUUGUUGCAAGAUGAAGAUUGUGAACUUGUCGUGGUUGUAACGCUAGUAUGCACUACGGGUAGCAUUUCGGUUAUCAUUAUCAUUUAAUGUUCGCCUUAAAUUGUUGAAUUAGAACAUUAUCAGUUUUUUUUCUUCAAAUAGCUAGCUACUUGAGAUCAAUGGCUUUACCAACGAUUUCUACACAAUGGUCAAAUCGUACUCGGACGCUGGAGCAACGGAUAGUGCGACAGCGGGAACAGGAGGCGCGGUGGCGGCAACAAUGGGAGCUACACUCGACGUAUUUCAGGCAGCAGAACGUCCGCAGCAGCAAACAGGCUCAAUGGAGCUCCCGUCAAUCUUACCAACAAAGUAUGACGGCAUAUAACCGAGAGAGGCUCAAGGAGGAGAAGAGGCUAAACCUCGAACAGCGCCGGGAACGGCUGCGGGUUCUGCUGCAGGAGGAGCGCGAUCAGAUGGAGACCGAGCUCCGGGGCUUGAUCCCUGACAGCAAGGCGGAACAGCUGGAGAAGGUGGAGGGCCUGAAGUCGGCCAGGGAGCUACGCAGGAAAAAGCUGGCCGAGGAGCUGAUGCGCGAGCACUGGAAAAAAAACGACCCAGACCUGCGACAGGUCGAGUCAGCGCUGCACAAAGACCACGUAGUGAGCCAGUGGGAAACGCAGCGGUCGGAGAGGAAGGAGCAAGAGGAGGCCGAGCGGGAGGAGAAGAAGCGCUUUGAGAACGAGUACGAGAGGACCCGCCGGGAAGCGAUGGAGAGGCUGAAGCAGGCGGAGGAGAAGAAGAAGGCGGAGGAGAGAGAGUGGGGGGAGGCCCUCCGGCAGCAGAUGGAGGAGCUGAAACUCCGGGAGGAGGAAGCCAGUUGUCUGAAGAAGGAGCAGGAGGCCUUGGUGGGCCAGCACUGGGAGCUGGAGAGGAUGGAGGAGGAGAGGAGGCGGGUGGAGGAGGUUCGGAGGAAGACCGAACUGGGGCGGUUCCUGACCCGGCAGUACCGUGCCCAGCUGAAGAGACGGGCCCAGCAGGUACAGGAGGAGCUGGAGGCUGACCGCAGGAUCCUGGCCUCUCUGCUGGACGGGGAGCAGGAGGACCGCAGGCUGCAGAGCGCCCGGAAGGAGAGGGCGGUGGCUGACGCCGCCUGGAUGAAGCGCGUCAUCGAGGAGCAGCUGCAGGUGGAGAGGCAGAGGGAAGCCGAGUUCGACAUCCUCUACAGGGAGGACGCUCAGCGCAUGUGGGAGAAGCGCGAGAUGGAGUGGCAGAAGGAGCGGACGGCCAGGGAGCGGCUGAUGCAGGAGGUGCUGACGGGCCGGCAGCAGCAGCUGGAGUCCAAGAUGCAGAAGAACCGGCGGGCCCAGGAGGAGUCUCUGCGGAGGCGCGAGGAGCUGAUCCAGGAGCUGGAGCGGGAGAGGGAGACGCGGCGCCAGGAGAGGGAGGUGCAGGAGGGCCAGAGGACGGCACGCAUGCAGGAAAUCAAACAACAGAUGGAGGCGCAGCGCCGGCAGCAGUGGGAGGAGGAGCGCAGGAGGGAGGGCGAGGAGGCGGAGGCUCGGGAGGCGCAGAGUCGCCAUGACGACCUGGUUCAGCAGGAGACGCAGAGGAUGACUCAGCGGGGCUACCAGGAGAAGAUCCAUAGCAGACCCAGAACAGCUUGGACCUGAGAAGAGGGCUGACUGAGCACGAUACUCAAGACAGUACAACUGUUGAUUACUCAUUUGUAAAACAGUUGUUCCCAAUUAGGUCAAAAAAUUUGAAUGCUAGACAAUAUAGUGAGCCGACAUUUUGUACCAUACUUACAACUCAUGAUAUUUUGAUUCGAAGUCAGAGGGACUGGUCAAGCAGCAAUAUCAAAUAUUUGCUUGUUUGCCUGGAAAAGGGUUUGCUUGACCUGUUUAUUAAUAUGAAGUGGUUGUACAAGCAUGAUUUUAUAGUAUCAAUUUAUAUUUUUUGCAAUACGUUUUCUUCCAAAUAGAUAUUUAAAUAUGAUUUUCAAAAUAAACACUUAACAAAAUGACACAACGAAUUGUGAAAUUUGCUUUCAAAAUUAAUCCUGAAGCUUGCUUAACUGGAUAAUUAAUGUGUAAUUCAAUUAUGUGUGAGCGUGUCAUAAAUAAGUUGGUAAAAAAAUAUAAUUUGAAGCCUGGUUUAUUGUAUGAUUAUCAGGCAAAAAUAGAACACGUGAAGGCAAAUAAAAUAAUUUUACAACAGGUUUGUACAUUAAAGGUCAAAAACAAACAUUUUCAGGUUACAAUUAUAAAUUAAGUUUAUUAAAAAAUAAAAGGCAAGUUUUCCCACUGCAGCCAUGACGACCGCUUGACUGACAUCCCUGUGUGAAGACCGCCCCCGUUUAGAACCAGAGACUUGACGGACAGACGGACGUUUUCCUUGAUCUUGAGUUUCAAGUAUAACACUGAGCUCUAAACCGUACGCAAACAAAGACCUUCCGAUGGCAGCGUAGCAGAGGAUAUCUUAACAUCCCAUCCCAUUAGUUGCACAUAAAUUAGAAACCUAGCAGCACGAGAAAGGAAAAAACAAAACAAAAAACAACA